AUGCCGAAGAGCCGGGGCGGCCGUGCCGCGCCGGGGCUGCCGCCGCCGCCGGGCCUGGCCCCGCGCUGGAGCCUCUGGCGGGCCCCGGAGCGGCUGCUGCUGCUGCUGCCCGCGCUCUGCUGCCUCCCGGGCGCCGCGCGGGCGGCGGCGGCGGCGGCGGCGGCGGGGGCCGGGGACCGGGCGGCGCGGGCGGCCGAGGCGGAGGCGCCCUUCGCCGGGCAGAACUGGUUAAAGUCAUACGGCUAUCUGCUGCCCUAUGACUCACGGGCAUCUGCGUUGCACUCAGGGAAGGCCUUACAGUCAGCAGUCGCCACUAUGCAGCAGUUUUACGGGAUCCCAGUCACCGGUGUGUUGGAUCAGACAACAAUCGAGUGGAUGAAGAAACCCCGAUGUGGUGUCCCUGAUCACCCGCACUUGAGCCGAAGGCGGAGAAACAAGCGCUAUGCCCUGACGGGACAGAAGUGGCGGCAGAAGCAUAUCACCUACAGCAUUCACAACUACACCCCAAAGGUGGGUGAGUUAGACACGCGGAAAGCUAUUCGCCAGGCUUUCGAUGUGUGGCAGAAGGUGACCCCGCUGACCUUUGAAGAGGUGCCCUACCAUGAAAUCAAAAGUGACCGGAAGGAGGCCGACAUCAUGAUCUUCUUUGCUUCUGGCUUCCAUGGCGACAGCUCCCCGUUUGAUGGCGAAGGGGGAUUCCUGGCUCAUGCCUACUUCCCUGGCCCAGGGAUUGGUGGAGACACUCACUUUGAUUCAGACGAGCCAUGGACAUUAGGAAAUGCCAACCACGAUGGGAAUGACCUCUUCCUGGUGGCUGUGCAUGAGCUGGGCCACGCGCUGGGACUGGAGCACUCCAACGACCCCAGCGCCAUCAUGGCGCCCUUCUACCAGUACAUGGAAACACACAACUUCAAGCUGCCUCAGGAUGAUCUCCAGGGCAUCCAGAAGAUCUACGGACCCCCCGCGGAGCCCCUGGAGCCCACAAGGCCCCUCCCCACACUCCCCGUCCGCAGGAUCCACUCACCGUCUGAGAGGAAGCAUGAGCGCCAGCCCAGGCCCCCUCGGCCGCCCCUGGGGGACCGGCCAGCCACACCGGGCGCCAAACCCAACAUCUGUGACGGCAACUUCAACACGGUGGCCCUCUUCCGGGGCGAGAUGUUUGUGUUUAAGGAUCGCUGGUUCUGGCGCCUGCGCAAUAACCGGGUACAGGAGGGCUACCCCAUGCAGAUCGAGCAGUUCUGGAAAGGCCUGCCCGCCCGCAUAGAUGCAGCCUAUGAAAGGGCUGAUGGAAGAUUUGUCUUCUUCAAAGGUGACAAGUACUGGGUGUUUAAGGAGGUGACGGUGGAGCCUGGGUACCCCCACAGCCUGGGGGAGCUGGGCAGCUGUCUGCCCCGAGAAGGCAUUGACACAGCUCUGCGCUGGGAACCUGUGGGCAAGACCUACUUUUUCAAAGGCGAGCGGUACUGGCGCUACAGCGAGGAGCGGCGGGCCACAGACCCUGGCUAUCCCAAGCCCAUCACCGUGUGGAAGGGCAUCCCCCAGGCUCCCCAAGGGGCCUUCAUCAGCAAGGAAGGAUAUUACACCUACUUCUACAAGGGCCGGGACUACUGGAAAUUCGACAACCAGAAACUAAGUGUGGAGCCAGGCUACCCGCGCAACAUCCUGCGUGACUGGAUGGGUUGCAACCAGAAGGAGGUGGAGAGGCGCAAGGAGCGGCGGCUGCCCCAGGACGAUGUGGACAUCAUGGUGACCAUCAACGACGUGCCAGGCUCUGUGAAUGCAGUGGCCGUGGUCAUCCCCUGCAUCCUGUCCCUCUGCAUCCUGGUGCUGGUCUACACCAUCUUCCAGUUCAAGAACAAGGCAGGCCCUCAGCCUGUCACCUACUAUAAGCGGCCAGUCCAGGAGUGGGUGUGAGCAGCCCAGAGCCCUCUCUGUCCACUCGGUCUGGCCAGCCAGGCCCUUCCUCACCAGGGUCUGAAGGGCAGCUCUGGCAACUGCCCACCGGGGCCAGCACGGCCCUAGGCCAGGGGUCAUGUAGCUGAAGUGGUGGUGCAUUGGCCUAGGCUGAGCAUGGGGCAGGGAGUGAUGGCAGCUGUGCACCAGGAUGGGUGUCUGGCACCCAGCUGCCAGCCUUCUGUCCUGGGUAAACUGCUCCCUACUCAAGGGAAUAGGCCAGGCCCCAUCAGGAGGCAGGGACCAUGCCAGGAGGAGGCCCAUGGUCACUGCACCCUGUGGCGUCCAUGAGGUACCACAGCACCAUCUGUACUUGGCUGGACCCAGCACCUUCUGUGGGAAGCCAGCACUAGCGCUCUCAGCCCCAUCUGGGAGAUGCCACCAGUCCUGGUCCCCCAUUGCCAACACCUGCUGGUCAGAUGUCCCCCCACCCCUACCCCACUGUCCUCCAAGGCUACAGGACCCCUGCUGCCGACACAGUGGGCAACAAGCCUGGGUUUCCUCUGCUGGCAACAGCAGAUUCCUCAGGAAACCUGCUCCACACGUCAGGGUCUCCUCUGAGACCCAGGAUUUAGGGUCACAUGCUGCAGGCAGGGCUGUGGCCCAGCUGGGUCUGACAAGGACCCAGCUGUCAUGUCGUGAAUAUUUCAAUGUCCUGUCACUAUUGUUUAAAGUCCCAUUCUGCAAAGGCUGCUUGAGGCUUUAGGUGAAUUAGAGGUGACUGUCUUGGUGAUGAGGCCAGCCCUCCCCCCAGCGAUAAGGACCAAGGUGCUGUUAAGGCCACUCUAGUGCCCAGACACGCCAGGAGCCGGGCCCUGCUAAUGAGGCUAAAGGGCUGGAGCAGGAGCUGACCCCAUCUCUGGAGGCUGAUCUGAGUUUGUAGCUGUCCUCCACUCCCCCGUUCCUCUCCCCAUCCCCCAAGUCCCUGGCCCUGCUCCAGCCUGUCGCUUGUGGCCUGAGGGCUCAGCCUGACUAGUGAGGUGAGACGGAAACAGCUCCAGGCCAACAUUCUCACAGCCUUGGAGUAAGGGGCCCAGGGCAGCCUUCUGAAGUGCUCAGAGCCCACACCCCUAGCUACCCUGAGACCAAUUCAAUCUCUCAGCCCAGAAGCAGUGUUUAUACCAUAAGCUUGGCCCCUGCUAACCCAGCUCUCUGGGCCCAUCACCCUGCAUUGCUCUUCGGAAAAGGGCAGCCACAACUGGUAACAACCCCCAGCCUAGGGGCCCGCCCCUCACUGUCUCUGGCAGGAAUUCCUAGGGCUCGGCCUGCCUCGCUCCAACCCAGUAAGAGGCAGCCCUGCUUGUCACUAAGGAGCUGGAGGCAAGACCAAUGGGUUCAACUAUCUCCACUGGCUCCCUGCCAAAUCGGAGCAGAGGUGUCAGUCUUCAGGGUGCUGGCAGGGCCUCUGAGCCUGCAUGGGCCUUGCCCCCACCCCGUGGCCUCUGGGCUUUGAGUCUGCUUAACCUGUAGCAGACAGGGACUCUGGGAGCUGUCUUGAGCAAAAUCUCUCAUCCCAGAGACACCUAUAUGGGUCCACUGUGUUCCCUGUCAUCAACCUUCUGUUUUUUUCUCAUUUUGGCCAAGGGCGGGCUCCCUGGGACGGGUGGGGAACAACUGCAGAGAUAUUAGUGAUUCAUAGGUUUGUACAGUGUUUUAUACUUUGCAAAGCACUUUAUUAGCUCACCCCUGUCCGCUCACAUGUAACUCAUGCAGUCCCUGGGAGGCCAAGGAUAACUCUCACUGUGCCCUCAAAUGAAGCACAGAGAGGCUGUUACUUGCCCAGGCCAUCCAGUGGG